AUGAGUCGCAGUCGAGCAGAAUCAACGGCCGCAGCUCUCUUGAGCUCAGCAGCUCGUUCAACAACGAAACCCCACCUCCAAGUCCCCCUCCGUCGACUCAAUGGCUUCCGCAGCCUCAGCACCUGCUCAGCCUCGGUCUUGACCCGGCGACGACCCAUUGUCGCAUGUAAGCAUACACAAAGCUUCAACGAUGGACGGAGAUAUGUGUCGCAGGCAAAGGAUGCAAACAUUGCGGUAAUUGGAGGCGGAUUGACAGGUCUUUCGGCGGCAUACUACCUCGCAAAGAAGCUUCCCUCAACGACAAAGAUCACCCUGUAUGAAGCCUGCGAUCGGCUAGGAGGAUGGAUCAAGACGGAUAGAGUGCCAGUAGAUAUCGGGGGCAAGAAAGGAAUCGUGUCUUUUGAGCGCGGUUCUCGUUCGUUGACGUCCCUGGCUGGCAAUACGUUCCGAUUCGAUGACCUCGUUCUCUACGAUCUUACUCUCGACCUAGGCCUUUCUCUCAACUUCCCCCCAGCCAAGCCACGAUAUGUCUAUUACCCCGACCAUCUUGUUUCCAUGCCCCCGAACGUCAGCAUCUUCGAUAUUAUCCGCGAGCCCCUCUACCUCGAGAGCAUCGGCGCAGGCCUUGGCCUUAUGAUCAACCACUUGCGCAAGAGACAUCUCCCUGCCGAAGACGAAUCCGUUGCCGAUUGGCUUUACAAAGUCACCAACAGUCGCAAGGGCAUUGGUAACAUGGCCUCAGCUAUGAUGCAUGGCAUCUAUGGCGGCGAUAUCCACAAGCUAAGCGCUCGAAGUGUUUUGGAUCGCAUCUACUGGGGUUGGUAUCUGCCAAACCCUGGCUUGCAUGCGCGCCCUAUGCCUGUACCUGAGUCGCUGAUUCUCGAGACGCUGGGACAGGAUCGACAAAUUCAGAAGCUGGCGCUCGAGCCCAAGAGUGCGCUGAUAGAUUUUGGCGACAAGGGCAUGGAGUCACUACCGCAAGCGAUAGGUGCGGCUUUGCAAGAUCAACCCAAUGUUACAAUCAAGACCGGCGAGGCUGUCAAAGACAUCCAGUAUGAUGAAGCCAAGCAACAAGUCCAGAUCAACAGUUUCAGCGCCAAGAACGAGGAGAAAAGUAACUCGCAGGCCUACGACAAGGUCAUUUCAACGCUAUCAGCCCAGCAGAUCGCCCGACUCGCAAGUGAUAAAGUACCAUCGCUCUCUGCCGCACACUCUGUAUCUGUCAUGACAGUCAACAUCUGGUUCCCCCAGGAGAACCUUAAGCCUCCCGGCUUCGGAUAUCUCAUCCCCAACUCCGUUGACCCAGAGCUCAACCCAGAACAUGCCCUCGGUGUCUUCUUUGACUCAGACGUUGGAACCCGAUCCAAAGACGAACCCGCCGGUACCAAGCUCUUCGUUCUGAUGGGCGGUCAUUACUACGACCGCCCUGACGUUACUCCCCCUACUGAGGAGGAAGCUAUUGUUCAAGCUCGCAACCUACUAGAGCGUCACCUCGGCAUCCCACGCGAUGCUCCCGCCUAUGCCACAGCAAAUUUUGCCAAAGAAUGUAUCCCUCAGCACUACGUCGGCCACCAGGGCCUCCUGCGUAACGCUCACGCCGAGCUGAAGCAGAACUUUGGCGGGCGCCUUGCUGUUGCUGGAGGCUCGUUCCAUCGCAUCGGCACUAUUGCCAGUCUGCGUUCUGGCUACGACGCUGCUGUUGCGGCGAAGAGUGGUCUCGAAGCUACUGGUCUGGAGUAUGUUGAGAACAUCCAGGAAUUUGCAGUUUUGUCAACUGAACUAAUCCCCGUGCGUCACUUUAAAUGA